CCCAGCCAGAUGUGUAUGGGUGUUCUCUGGCCCAGCUGUCUUUGCCAUGUGCGAUGUACCGGUACCUGCCGUUGCGUUGUUGUGGUUUUGUAAGUUUUGUAGGGAGGCAGGCCGGCCUUGCUGAGAUUUGAACGAUGAGUGCGGCUCGCGGUGAUGUUGAUAAAUUGUCUCUGGAGUCUCUGUGAACUGAAGCAGAAACUUUAGCGGGCAAAAUGGGAAGUGUUGACAAUCCGUCCUUUCUCGUCUCGCUUGUGGCUGGUGCCAUUGCUGGUACUACAGUGGACGUCGUUCUUUUCCCGCUAGACACGCUUAAAACACGCUUGCAAAGCCAGCAGGGUUUUCUGAAAGCAGGAGGCUUUAAGAAGAUCUACUCCGGCAUCGCGUCUGCUGCGCUUGGAUCAGCCCCAACAUCUGCACUGUUUUUCUGCACCUAUGAAGGAGUGAAGCAUGUCAUUGGUCCAGUUUUGCCAAGCUUUGAUGGCUCCUUGGUGUACAGUAUUGCAGCUGCAUGUGGAGAAGUGGCUGCCUGCUCUGUAAGAGUUCCCGUAGAAGUCGUAAAGCAACGUACUCAAGCAAACCACGACACGAGUAGCUGGAGGACAUUUAGAAGUGUGUUGAAUGUUGAGGGCAUCCGUGGUUUCUACCGUGGCUACUUCACAACGGUAGCAAGGGAGAUUCCCUUUUCAUUUAUACAGUUCCCCCUCUGGGAGUUUCUUAAGAACAUGUUUGCUAAACCGGAUUCCUUACUGACCUGGCAAGCAGCAGUUUGUGGAGCUAUAUCAGGUGGCAUUGCAGGAGGACUAACCACUCCUCUUGAUGUUGCUAAGACGAGAAUCAUAUUGGCCGAGCGAACAAGCCACCUAGCUUCUGGGAGCAUGCAUUCUGCACUCAAGACUGUGUGGCACGAGAAAGGGCUACCAGGGCUUUUUAGCGGUGCCACACCCAGAGUGGUCUCCCUUUCAGUGGGGGGCUUCAUCUUCCUCGGCGCCUAUGAGCAAGCCAAACAGCUCUUCUACUCUUUCUUCCCACCUCCUUCUUUGACGUAUACAUCUGCUAUGAUGACAAGCGGAGAGCAUAACUCAACAGUCCUGUCAGAACAACCCUCCUUGUCUAAGACAGCAACAUAGCUGAGCUUGAUGUGUGCCAAGUCGUUUGCUUACUAGUCACCUGUGCCUCGUAUAUACGAAGUUGAAAUCUGUUCUUUAGUUCUGUGUUGAUAGUCACUAUAAAAAGUGCAUUUACAAAAAACUGGUGAAUGUGAGUGGCAUCCUAAAACAUGACCAUUUGAAGCAUUUAUGCAUAUCACAACAGAGGAAAGCAGUUGUUCCAAUCCUUCUUCUUAUAUAGAAGAAAGCUCAGGCCACUAAACACACU